GCGAGUAGGAUGGAACAUUUGCAGAUAAGUUAGUAAUAAUUGUGUUCUGCUGCUGUUCAUUGUUAUCACAUUCUGGGAUCAAGAUGUAUUUCCAUAGUCUCUACUCUCGCAUGUAAGUCUUUUGUCACUGAACUAAGGAUGGAUAAGGACAGGCACAAAAUGUCAGAGAGAAUAUUAAAUCUCACUUUGGAGAUAAUCUACCUGCUGACUGGUGAGUAUUACACAGCAGUGAAGAAGCCAUUGGAUGAAUGCGUACGGCCCAGCAGUCAUGCCUCUCCAUCAGAAGGAUUGAGGAAGAUCAAGAGCCCCGACACCAUGCCUCAUAUUCAGUCUUUUUUGCAUGAUGGAGGGAACGAGGAGAAGAUUCUAGAACUCACCUACAAAAUCACUGAGUUGCUGACUGGAGAGGUUCCUAUAAGGUGUCAGGAUGUCACUCUACAUUUCUCCAUGGAGGAGUGGGAGUAUUUAAUAAACCACAAGGAUCAGUACAAGGACUUCAUGAUGAAAAAUCUUCCGACCAUUCCAUCACCAGAUCUUUCAAAAGGAGGAAUUACACCACAGAGGGGUCUCAGUCCUCUUCUUUCACAGGAUUUGGCAGAAGAAACGCAAAGUGUCUCAAUGGAUCAUCAGAGCAAAUAUCUGAACAACAAUGAUCUAAAUGUUAUAAUCAAAGAAGAAAUAAAUGACCCGGAGGACACUCCUACCUAUGACUGCCAAAAUGACCGUACCAGCGGCCCAGAGGGACAUCUAUAUUCAUUGUCUGAUAAUAAAGUAGAAGAUUGUGGGAACACACAAGAUACGUAUGAAGAACAAGCCAUUAUCCUAGAUAUACCUCCAGUGCUUAACAUUAGAGAGUUAUCAUCUGAUGCUUUCAAGCAUGAGGUCUCACCUUCUGAUAUAUCUCAGAUUACUAAAAAGGCUACAGAUCAUAUAGAGAUUAUAAGCAAUACAAUUCAAAGAAAUAAUAGUCUAGUUUCAAAUGCAGAAUGUGGCAAAAACUUUCUUCAGAAAUCAUCUCUUGAGAAACAUCAAAAGACACAUACAGGGGGACGACCCUUUGCAUGUACAGAAUGUGGGAAAAGUUUCACCAGGAAACCACAUCUUUAUCAACAUCUAAAAAUCCACACAGGUGAGAAGCCACAUGCAUGUUCCGAAUGUGGAAAAUGUUUUAGCCAAAAAUCAGACCUUGUUAAACAUCAAAGAGUUCACACUGGAGAAAAACCAUAUUCAUGCUCAGAAUGUGGGAAAUGUUUUAGCCAAACUUCUGCUGUUAUUGGACAUCUAAGAACCCAUACAGGAAAGAAGCCAUUUUCAUGUUCAGAAUGUAAGAAAUGUUUUGCCAAAAAAUCAGAGCUUGAAAAACAUCAGCAAAUUCACACAGGAGAGAGAAAAAUUGUAUAUUCUCAGAGCAUAAACGGUUAUAACAGGAAAUCAGCAUUUGAUGAAGAGAAAUAUCUUGCACAAGAGAAGCUAUUAAAUGUGCAAACUGUAGGAAAUGUUUUACCCCUGGUAUGGAGCUCGGCUGAACCAUUUAAUUUUGAGGACAUGUAUCCUGAGUUGUCACAGACUAUACUGCCAUCUACAAGUCAUAGUGAGAAUGAAAGCAAGCAAAUUGAAAAACCCGAAAAGCGGUUUUCUUGCACAGAUUGUGGAAAAUAUUUUUCGCAAAAAUCAGAUCUUAUUAAACAUCAACAAAUUCAUACCAGAGAAAAGCCUUUUUCAUGUUCAGAAUGUGGGAAAUGUUUCAUGAGUAAAUCGCAGCUCGCUCAACAUCUAAAAACACAUACACGGUUAAAACCAUUUUCAUGUUCAGACUGUGAACAAUGUUUUACCCAGGAAUCAGAACUUGUUGACCACCAAAAAUUGCACAUAGGAGAGAAGCCAUUUUUAUGUCCUGAAUGCGGGAAAAGUUUCUACAGGAAAUCACAUCUUACACAACAUCGAAAAAUUCAUACAGGAGUGAAACCAUUUUCAUGUUCAGACUGUGGAAAAUCUUUUACCCAGAAAUCAGAUCUUGUUAAACAUCAUAGAAUUCAUACAGGGGAGAAACCAUUUUCAUGUACUAUAUGUGGGAAAUGUUUCAAUCAGAAGUCAGCUGUUAUUGAUCAUCAAAGAAUUCACACUGGGGAGAAGCGAUUUUCAUGCUCAGAUUGUGGCAGACAAUUCAACCAGAGAUCAAUUUUUAUUCAGCAUCAAAGAAUUCACACAUUAGAGGAGCUAUUUCAGUGUUCAGAAUGUGGGAAGUGUUUUAGCAAAAAACCUGCCCUUGUUAAACAUCAGAGAGAUCACAUAAGGGAAAGACAGUUUAUUCAUUCUGUAUUCUCUGGAGAUUCACUGUUACAACCUUGUGCGGAUGCCAAGGAUUACAUAGUAGUGAAGAAGGUGUCGGAUGAGGAUGAAGGAUGGGGCAAGGGCCAGAUCCCCACAAUGGAACCUCCACCUCACUCUCUGAUGAAUGAAAGAAGCAAUGAGCAGAAGGUUCUAGAAAUCUCCAAUAUGAUCAUUCAUCUGCUGACUGGAGAGGUUUCUAUAAGAUGUCAGGGUGCUGCUAUGCAUUUCUCUCUGGAGGAAUGGGAGUAUGUAGAACGACACAGGGAUCUCUAUGAGAAUAUCAUGAUGGAGAACCACCAGCCCCUCACAUCUUCAGAACAAUCCAGUAUGAGGACAAUUCCAGACACAAGUUCUGUUUAUUCCCAGGAUUGUCCAGAGGGAAAUCAGAAUGUCCCAUGGGAUCAAAAGGCUGAGGACCUGACUGACAUUAAAGUUGAAGUUGUUACAGCAGAAGAAGAGAUGUGUGUGAGGAUCAACCAGCAAUCUAAGAGAGAAAAAAUCCCCACUGAUAUCAGCAUAGUACAGAAUCCUACAGCUUUGAUGUCUCCUAAUAGUUUUCCUUACAAUACACUACUAUUGUCCUUGGCCAGUCCAUCAUAUAAUAUCAAAAAGGAGAUGGCUGAGAGUAUAUUAAACCUCUUCAUGGAGAUUAUUUACCUGCUGACUGGAGAGAAUUAUGCAGUAGUGCAGAGGGCAUCUGGUGAGUGUUUGACCUCUGCCAGUCGACCACAUUUCUCAGUAGAAUCAAGCAGAACUCAGAGCACCAAUACAAAGCCUCUACCUCACAUACUGAUAUAUAAUAGAGUCAAUAAGCAGAGGAUCCUAGAACUCACCUACAAAAUCAUUGAGAUGCUGACUGGAGAGGUUCCUCUAAGGUGUCAGGACGUCACUGUCUAUUUCUCAAUGGAGGAGUGGGAGUAUUUAGAAAAGCACAACAAUCUGUACAACAAUGCAACGUUGAAGAAUCCCAAACUCUUCUUGUCCAUGACAGAUGACGGCACCAAUCUUUCAGUGGGACAUCCAUUAUUUCUACAUUAUGAAGCAUCGCUUAAAGAUAUCCCUCACCAUACUUCUAGAGAACACUUUAUUCCCUUAAAUAUAUCCUCAUUCUUUCCCAGUAGAGCUCUUUCGUUUGAUCCUAAUAAUCGCAACGAACCUUCAAUGGAUCAGUCACAGGCUAAUAAAGAAGCCAAAGGGCACAGAGAAGAUAAAAUAUUCACAUGUUCUGAAUGUGGGAGACAUUAUAAAAAUAUAUUUAAUCUUUCCAUGCACAUGAGAAUGCAUAGAAACGAGAGGCCAUUUUCAUGUUCGGAAUGUGGAAAAAGUUUUACCAAGAAAUCUAUUCUUGUUGAGCAUCAAAGAGUUCAUACAGGAGAAAAGCCAUAUUCAUGUUCAGAAUGUGGAAAAUGUUUUACCAAGAAAUCAGCAGUGGUUGAACAUCAGAAAACUCACACAGGGGAGAAGCCAUUUUCAUGUUUGGAGUGUGGAAAAAGUUUUACCAGGAAAUUAAUUUUAACUGAACAUCGGAGAAUUCAUACGGGGGAAAAGCCAUUUUCAUGUCCUGAAUGUGGGAAACGUUUUAUGGUGAAACAUCAUCUUUGGAGACAUCAAAUAACUCACACAGGAGAUAAGCCAUUUUUAUGUUCAGAAUGUGGAAGAGGUUUCUACAGAAAAUCACAUCUUGAGCGACAUCAGAGAACUCAUACAGGAGAGAGGCCUUUUGCAUGUACAGAAUGUGGGAAAUGUUUUACCAAGAAAUCAAUUCUUAUUGAACAUCAGCGAAUACACACAGGGGAGAAGCCAUUUUCAUGUAUGGAAUGUGGUAAAUGUUUUGUGGUCAAACAUCAUCUUGAGAGACAUCAGUUAACUCACACUGGAGAUAAGCCUUUUUUAUGUUCAGAAUGUGGGAGAAGUUUCACUAGGAAAUCACAUCUUGAGAGACAUUUAAGAACUCAUACUGGGGAGAAACCAUUUUCAUGCGCAGUAUGUGGGAAAUGUUUUACCAAGAAAUCAGUGUUGGAUGAACAUCUGAGAAUACACACAGGGGAAAAGCCAUUUUCAUGUUCAGAUUGUGGGAAAUGUUUUAUGGUGAGACAUCAUCUCGAAAGACAUCAAAUAACUCACACAGCAGAUAAGCCAUUUAUAUGUUCAGAAUGUGGGAAAUGUUUUGCAGAAAAAACAUAUCUUGAAAAACAUCAGAGAAGUCACCCAGGGGAGAAACCAUUUUCGUGUAUGGAAUGUGGGAAGUGUUUUACCAAGAAAUCGAUUCUUGUUGAACAUCAGAAAAGUCACAAAGGGGAAAAGACAUUUUCAUGUUCUGAAUGUGGGAAAUCUUUUAUGGUGAAACAUCAUCUUGAGAGACAUCAACUAACUCACACAGGAGAUAAACCAUUUUUAUGUUCAGAAUGUGGAAGAUAUUUUGCCAGGAAAGCUAAUCUUGAGAGACAUCUGGCAACUCAUGCAGAAGAGAAGCCUUUUUAAUGUACAAAGUGUAGGAAAUGUUUUAUCCAUUAUUCAGAUCUAGAAGUCAUUUUUAUGAUUAGACUGUAUGAAUUGAAUUCUAACUAUGGUGUCUGAUCUACUAACUGAGAACACCCUCAAAUAUACAACGGAGAUGCCUCCAGGGGCAAGAAUUAAGAUGAGUUUACCAGUCCAUAUUUGCUGAUCUGAUUCAGUGAAUUCAUGCCAUUGUUUGUCUUGUGGAAAGUAAACUCCAAAAUGUACAAAAUAGUAUUAUCCCCUUAGUGGAAUAUAAAAAUACGGAACCAUAAUACAAUUCUGUUUUUGUACGAAUGAUGGAUGCACUGAAGUCAGUAACAUAAUUUAUAUUACAAUAAUGUCUGGGAGAAUACUUAUCAAUGGAGUUUAAAACCCUGACAAUAUUUUUAGACUUUUUAUGCAGAAAGUACAGUUCCAGAAUUUUUUUUUUAUUCACCAAUAUAAGAAUUUAAUUGCAUAACAACUAAGCACUAUAGAAAACUUUACUAGUAAAUAAAGCUCAAGCACCUGAAAGUCUCACAAUCCUCUUCAAAACAUUUAGGCUAUAUUCAAACACUGGUUUUGAGAUUUAAAAUGUUUCAAAACAUUCUUUGGAAGUCUAUAAAAGUCCCAAAAAGUCAUUGUUUUUCCAAAUGAAUUAUUGUAAUGUUACUUAGUAUUAAAUUAUAUAUUUUUUAAUCCAAAAAAAAACCCAGCAUGUAGACAUACAACAUCCAGGGGAUGAGGGCUGGGUUCACACUACGCUUUGUAAUUAC